AUGAAGAAGCGCUCGGUGACCAUCGGGCGCAACUCGUCGCAGGGCUCGGUGGACGUGAGCAUGGGCCACUCGAGCUUCAUCUCGCGGCGCCACCUCGAGAUCUUCACGCCCCCGGGCGGCGGCGGCCAUGGCGGGGCGGCCCCGGAGCCGUCAGCGCAGCCCGGGCCCGACACCGGCGGCGACUUCUACCUGCGCUGCCUCGGCAAGAACGGCGUGUUCGUGGACGGCGUGUUCCAGAGGCGCGGGGCGCCGCCGCUGCAGCUGCCGCGCGUGUGCACGUUUAGGUUCCCAAGCACAAACAUCAAGAUCACGUUCACUGCCCUGUCCAGUGAGAAGAGGGAGAAGCAGGAGGCUCCUGAGUCCCCAGUGAAGCCCGUGCAGGCCCACAUCUCGCCCCUGACCAUCAACAUUCCAGACACCAUGGCCCACCUCAUCAGCCCCCUUCCCUCCCCCACAGGAACCAUCAGUGCUGCAAACUCCUGCCCAUCCAGCCCCCGGGGAGCAGGGUCUUCGGGGUACAAAAUGGGCCGUGUGAUACCAGCUGACCUCAAUUUAAUGGCCGACAACUCCCAGCCAGAAAAUGAAAAGGAAGCUUCUGGUGGAGACAGCCCAAAGGAUGAUUCAAAGCCACCUUAUUCCUAUGCACAAUUAAUUGUACAAGCAAUUACAAUGGCUCCUGACAAACAACUCACUCUAAAUGGGAUUUAUACUCACAUCACUAAAAAUUACCCAUACUACAGGACUGCGGACAAGGGCUGGCAGAAUUCAAUUCGCCACAAUCUCUCUCUGAAUCGGUAUUUCAUCAAAGUACCACGUUCCCAGGAAGAACCAGGCAAAGGCUCAUUCUGGAGGAUAGACCCUGCCUCUGAAAGCAAAUUAAUAGAGCAGGCUUUUAGGAAAAGACGGCCUAGGGGCGUGCCUUGCUUUAGAACCCCUCUGGGACCGCUCUCGUCUAGAAGUGCCCCAGCCUCUCCCAAUCACGCUGGAGUGCUGUCUGCUCACUCCAGUGGUGCCCAGACCCCCGAGAGCCUGUCGAGGGAAGGUUCCCCGGCCCCGCUGGAGCCGGAGCCCAGCGCGUCACAGCCCAAACUGGCCGUCAUCCAGGAGGCACGGUUUGCUCAGAGUGCACCAGGCUCUCCCCUGUCUAGUCAGCCUGUUUUAAUCGCUGUGCAGCGGCAGCUGCCGCCGACGAUCAAGCCUGUCACCUACACGGUCGCCGCCCCCGUGACCACCGCGACCUCCCAGCAGCCUGUCGUGCAGACGGUGCACGUCGUCCACCAGAUCCCCGCGGUGUCCGUCACCGGCGUGGCCGGCCUCGCCCCGGCCAGCACGUACACUGUUGCCGGCCAGGCCGUGGUCACGCAGGCGGCCGUGCUGGCCCCUCCUAAGGCAGAGCCGCAAGAGAAUGGAGACCACAAAGAAGUAAAAGUAAAAGUGGAACCUAUUCCUGCGAUUAGCCAUGCCGCACUGGGCGCCGCUAGCCGGAUCAUUCAGACGCCACAGACCACCCCCGUCCAGACAGUCACCAUCGUGCAGCAGGCUCCUCUGGGUCAGCACCAGCUACCAAUAAAAACUGUGACGCAGAACGGGACUCACGUGGUGCCAGUCCCUGCCGCCGUCCACGGCCAGGUGAACAACGCAGGGGCGAGUCCUCUGCACAUGCUGGCAACACACGCAUCGGCGUCCGCCUCCCUGCCCACAAAGCGCCAGAACGGCGACCAGUCGGAGCAGCCGGAGCUGAAGCGGGUCAAGACGGAAGACGGCGAGAGCAUCGUCAUCGCGCUGAGUGUGGACACGCCGCCGACGGCCGGCAGGGAGAAGGGUGUCCAGAACUAGCGACUGGGACAGCUUUUCUUACUUUAAUAUCAACUCUGUGGUGCCAAAAGGAGACACUGCCUCUCACCGAUGCUCGGAACGCCGUCUCGGUGGGUAGAGGGCCCUGCGGUUGGACUUCACCUCAGCACUGAAAACACAAAACCCAGGUGGCCUUAUGCUCCUUAAAGACAGAAGUCACACCUGAACAAAACCACAUGCAACAGAACCUGGUUCCGGCAGCGUCUCCCCGCCCCGGGCUCAGCUGGGGACUCCGGAUUAGAGGCGCGGGGUCCUGGUUGAGCCCGUGCCUGGGGCAGGCGGAGCUGCCGGGACAGGGCGGGCGCCGUCCCCGCUGCCCUCCCAGGACGCUCGGUGCAGAUGAGACCGUGUUUUGUUGUCCACAUGUGGAAUUAGAGUAUUUUGAGGUGUACUUUCUUUACGAAAUAAUGGGGUCUUUGACAUUUCAGAUCACUCCAUUUCUACUCUGGAAAUUUUGGAAUCACACAGGACGUUUUGUGUUGAUUUCAUUUGGGGAAAAGAAACAAUGUAGUUUUGUUUCUGUUGUUUGUUUUCAGCCUAUGGAAUGAUUUCCUUUUGUCUAUCCUGUUAAUGUUCAGAUGGAGCUGCCUGAUGACAUCUGCAGGUUUUCCGUGUUAGAGCAGGUGCCGGAUGCAUUUAGGAUGGACAGACAGACUGACUGGACAGACGGAUGCCCAUGCGGGGCUGCAUGUAGCCAUGACCGAAAGAACUGCCGGACUCUCCGAGCUGCACUUAACUGGUUCUCUUUCCUGCUACUUUCUGUUGUUUGUUUCUUUGUGUUGACUUUGUCCCGGCAUAAUUUUCCACUCUAAGUAAAACAAGCCUCCUAAGUGUUGUGUGUGUUUCAAACGACAGAACUGUUCCUCCUUCAUUUGGAAAAAAGAUUCCGUCAAGUGUCAUAGGUCUCUCUGUGGCACGUUCCUAGUCACGGUCACCGGCUCGAGGCACAGAGCCAUCGUCCGACCAGCCGUCCACCCGGUGACGCUGCCAUCUGCCCGGCACGCGGGGAGCAGCAGGUGCGGGGUGGAGGAGAGGCUGCGUGUUAACACGAGGGCCUUGGAAACAUCCAGGUCCUUCUCUGAUUUGUGACAGGAAAUCCCCCUCAGCCUUUCAGAACUGAAGCAGUCCUAAAGCUGACUUCUCUCCUACAAGACACAAAAGUGAGAUGAAACAAAGACUUCUGGGCUCCCCAAGGAACUAGAAACUUCAUUUGAACAGCUUUGCCCCAAACCACACAAAACUACAAAAGAGAAACUCACAUGUGAGCCACGUGGCGCGGCGUGUCUGGGCAUGACUUGGGAUCCCUCCUACUCUGGCAACCUUAAGAGUCUCCACGUGGACAGCUGAGCUCCUUAAAAGACACCACUCCCUUCACCAUCCUCCCUUAGAACAGCAGCAUAGACCCUGAGUCGGGCGGGGCAGCCCCAGGACUUAGGAUUUCCAAGCUAUGUGACACAAGGAGAUCAGUGACAGUCUUCAAGUCCUAACCUCCACAAUUCUAGAAAGCAUAGUGGUGAUUUGUGUGCAAAGAUUUUAAAUUUUAAAACUACCAAGUUCCUGAAAUUCAAUAAAAUAUUUUUACUAAUUUUAA